AUGUUCGUCCGUGCCGUGGGCUUUCACCCUAAUGCUACGGUUUGGCUUCAGGGCACCCAGAAAUUCGACCUUAAGGACGACAGACUCAUAGAGAACGUCUUCGCUGACUUCGGCACUGCUGAGGACCAGCGCUAUAAUAGCACUAAAGUCCCCGUGAAGGCUGCAAAUGGGAAACGCUUCUACACUCAGGGCCUAAGCACCGUCAAUCUGACCACGCUCGGCAAGGACGGCCAGAUCAUCAGUUCUAUUAUCUUGAAGAACGUCUGGCACGCCGAGGACCUCGAGAAUUCCCUCAUAUCGUGUCGCACCAUAUUCCGCGACGAUAGCAUUGCCUGCACGCUCUCUGACUAUGCAACCCUUACAAAGGUUAGCUCCGGUGAGGUCGUGGGCUAUGGAGACGCCGACAAUGAUCUUUACUGGUUGCGAACUGAUUCGAAGCACCAAUUAGAGACCUUCUAUACUUCCGCAACCUUCACGACGUCCGCCACGGCUUCAGUGGUGCGAGCCAUGCCUAUAGAGGUUAAACCUAUCUCUAUAGACCUCGCACAUCGACGUUUCUGUUAUGCAGGCGAACAGCGCGUUCGCCGUAUGCCUGCCUUCGCGGAAGGCAUCAAAUUGAUCAAAGGCUCCGCCCUGAAGACUCUAUGUCCUCUAUGCCUCGCUGGCAAAGGUCACCAACUUCCGUAUGGCGACAAUAAAUCUAUCCGCGUCCGUCUAGGCGACUCUCUGCAUAUUGACGUCUGGGGACCUAUUUCCAUUGCCACUAAGGAAGGCGAGACCUAUUUUAUGUCUAUCACCGAUAAGGCGUCCCGUUUCUGCUGGAUCUUCCUUAUAAAGGCCCAUACAGACGUUAUUAAAUGCUACCAGGUCGUCGAAAGCUACCUUCUUACCUAG